AUGGCGGAUGCCGUUGGCGCCAAAGUUCGCGCUCCCCUGGCCGAGACCACGAACCGCAUCAACUCUCCCUUCCCCGCCAACGAGCAGCAGACCGGCAAGGCUCGAUACGACCACGCCGAAGCCUCUCAGUCGCAGGCGGCUCGCCAUGUCGCCGCCAAUUCCAAGGCUGCGACGUCCAACGUUCAGCAAGUCGCCGCCAACGCGUCUGCGUCGGCUGUCCUCGCGCCGCCACCGCCCGCCGCCGACGGCAAGCGACUUUCUCAGGCCUCGUAUGCGUCGACGUCAAGCAGCCGAAUCAAGAAGAACUACAAGACGCACAUUGGGCCGUGGCAGCUCGGACGUACCCUGGGCAAGGGCUCGUCAGCUCGCGUUCGACUAUGCCGUCACAGCAUCACGAAUCAGCUCGCAGCUGUGAAAAUCGUCAAUCGCCGCAUGGCCUACCUGGUUCAAGACAGCAGCCUGGCUGCCCUCAGCAAAUGGGACAGCAAUCUUCCCGACAAGAUCAACGGCGAAAUGCGCGUGCCCAUGGCCAUUGAGCGCGAGGUGGCCAUUCUGAAGCUUAUUGAACACCCCAAUAUCAUGAAGCUCUAUGACAUUUGGGAGAACCGCUCGGAAAUGUGCGGCGACCUCUUCACCUUCAUCAACUCCAAGGGCCGACUGUCGGAGGAGGUGUCCAUGUACUUUUUCCGUCAAAUGAUCAGCGCCAUCACCUACUGUCACUCCUUCAACGUGUGCCACCGCGACCUGAAGCCCGAGAACAUUCUCAUCACAGCCGACUUGCAGAUUAAGAUUGCCGACUUCGGCAUGGCUGCUCUCCACCAGACGGCUAAUCACCAGCUUGCAACGGCUUGCGGAAGCCCUCACUACGCCGCCCCAGAGCUUCUCAAGAACCGGCAAUACCGCGGCGAUCGUGCCGAUAUCUGGAGUCUUGGGGUCAUCUUGUACGCCAUGCUUUCCGCCACGCUCCCUUUCGACGACCCAGACCUUCGCGUCAUGAUGGCCAAAACCAAAAAGGGAAAUUAUGAGAUGCCGAAAUGCCUCAGCCCCGAGGCUGAGGACCUCAUCAAACGUAUGCUCCAAGUCAAUCCGGAUCGUCGCAUUUCUCUCAAGGAAAUCUGGCGCCAUCCCGUGGUCCAGAAAUACAGCUAUCUCGAUGAUUUUGGCGACAACAGCGGGCAGUUGCCCGACACGCGCAAAGGGUUUCAGUACACGCCGGUGCCGUCACAGGAAAUCGAUCCCCAGCUGCUCCGGCAGCUACGCUCCAUGUGGCACAUGUUCACCGAACAGGACCUGACGUUCAAGCUUUUGUGCGAAGAGCCCAAUGACCAAAAGGCCUUCUACUGGUUGCUUUACAACUAUCGGGACAAACAGUUGGAGGACUUUAAGCCAGAAAUUGCGCGCUCCAUGAGCGACUACCAUCACCUCAAGCCUGCGAUUUGGAAGAAGCGAGUGUCGACCUGCCAAUUUGCGCAGCCGCGAGCUAACGGACAUGGCCGAUCCGUCUCUCGCUUCACAGUCAUCUCUAACGCUGCCGACACCGAGACCGACACGGACAAGAGCUAUGACCCCUACAGAGGCAGCCGCAUGCUCCAGAAUUGCGACCCCGAAGUCAGCCACGCCAAGAUUGUCAUUCACCGCGACGCCCAGGGCAGCCCAAACGUGUCGCAGACUGCGAGACAUCGCAGCAGCUCCGCCGCUCGACGUGGUCCAGCAAGCUCAGUCCGGACGUCCAUGACUGCCAGACAGUCGUCGAGAGGCUCCUUAGCAUCUCUCCGCAGCAGCAGGCAGGGUGUGCCUCACGUUUCAGCACCAGGCCAGCGACAUAAACGAGGAGUCGACUUCACCCACAUACGAAAGCGAUCCUCCUCUGUCGGGCCGGCUUCCAAGACAGGUUCCACAGGUCUUGGCCUCGCCGCUGGAAUUGGCUCGGUGCCCCGACUCGAAUCUGGCCGGCCGACCACGCCAGAGAUGCCAAGCUAG